AGCCUCACCGACGAGUACUUCCGAAUGAUUGAGGCAGUGGAGUACACUCGCAAGAUGGACGACGGUGCCCACCCGCAGGAGUGGGUGAAUGCCGACCUGGUCAUUCUGGGGGUGUCGCGGUGCGGCAAGACGCCGUUGUCCAUCUACCUGGGCCAGCGGGGAUACAAGGUGGCCAAUCUGCCGCUCAUUCCCGGCUGCCCGGUGCCUCGUGAGCUGUACGACAUCGACCAGACCCGCAUCGUGGGCCUUAUCAUCGACCCCAACGUGCUCGCCACCAUCCGGCGCAACCGAGUGAACAUCAUGGGGGUGUCGCGAGCGCAGGCCAUCGACUACGCGGAGGUCAAGAAAAUCAACUCGGAGCUUGACUGGGCUCGCAAGCUGUACAACUCGAACCCCGAGUGGCCCGUCAUUGAUGUGACGUUGCGAGGGAUCGAGGAGACGGCGGCACGCAUCCUUAAGAUGCUCAACGACCGGCGA